AUGGGCUCGUCUCACAGUGCUGAAGUACCUGGAGGUGGUUCAGAAGGGUAUCAUGUUUUGCGGGUUCAAGAAGGUUCCCCUGGACAAAAAGCCAAUUUGGAGCCAUUUUUUGACUUUAUUGUAGCUAUUGAAAAUGUUAGAUUAGACCAAGAUAAUGAUAUUCUGAAGGAAUUGUUAAAGAAAAAUGUUGAUAAAACAAUUAAGAUGCUAAUUUAUAGCAGCAAAACACAAUCAGUUAGAGAGGUAAUUUUAACACCUAGUGCCAAUUGGGGAGGACAAGGACUUCUUGGUGUAAGCAUAAGAUUUUGCUCCUUUGAAGGAGCUAAUGAAAAUGUAUGGCAUGUUUUGGAAGUGCACCCUUCUUCACCAGCUGAAAUAGCUGGAUUAAGACCCUUCACAGACUAUAUAAUUGGAGCUGACUCUAUCAUGCAUGAGAGUGAAGAUUUCUUUACAUUAAUUGAAGCUCAUGAAGGGAGAGCUUUGAAACUGUUUGUGUAUAACACAUCAGAUGAUACAUGUCGUGAAGUUCACAUAACACCAAACCAUAAUUGGGGAGGACAAGGCAGUCUUGGAUGUGGGAUUGGGUAUGGUUAUUUGCACAGGAUCCCAAUAAGGAAUGGUUCUACUAUCCCUACCGAAAAAUCAUACAAUGUCACCACUCCAUUGACAUCAUCACAGAGCCUUCAGGAAAAUAUUAUGGCUGGUGUACAAAAUCUAAAUAUAAAUGAGGAAAAAGUUGCACUUGUGAGUGGUGCUCAAAUUGAAAUGUCACAAGAAGGACCUAUGCAAAAAAAUCCUCCAUCUCCUUUCCUGUCUGGUGUUCCUAUGGUUAAUCCAGGAGGGAAUUAUAACACAGCUGUGCCAGAUUCUCAAACAGUUAUGUCUCAACAACCAACCUUACAAACACAAUCUGUUGUUUCAAACAUGGCUGCAUAUUCCAGCAAUUUAGCUGAUGCCACUCUCACCAAUUUAGGCAGUAUACCAUCAGUGUCAAACAUGCAGCCACCAGCACCUCUGCCCAGCCUACCAGGCAUUCCAAUGAACCAACCACAACCUUACAUACCUAUGAUGCUUAGCUACACACACCAGCAAGUGCCGACCUCUGAAGCGUACCCGCAAGCUGCUCAAAAUCUGGUCCCUACAUUCGACAUGAGCAGUUUCAACCAAACUACCAUGCUACCCCCAAUGACGAGUGGCCUGCCCGUAGUAACGCCUGUAUCGCUGCCCGGCAUGCCGUCUAUUACAGUCAGCGCCACGCUGCCGGUGUCGACAAUGCAGGAGAUCCAUCAACAACAAACGUUACAGCAGCAAGACUUGUUAUCG